CAAGUCAGUUGCCACAGUCAGAAGUGCCAGUGAGCAGCUGCAGGCCCACCUCAUUCCAUCUGGGCAACCUUUAAUAACAGGUUCCCUUUUGACAUCACUUCAGAAAGGUAGAGCAAACCACAUUGCCGAACGGAAGGAGGUCGGAACAUCAAGAGUCAUCUUCAAGAUCCACAGGAGCCUCCAGAUUUGGAUACAGAAGGCACAUCAGCCUGUCGAGAUAGGAAAUCAGGACACGUAUUCUAGCCUACUCUUGUCAACUUGGAGAAUGGCAAGCUACUAUGAGGUUCUCGGAGUGCAUUCGAGUGCUUCCCAAGAAGAGAUAAAGAAGGCCUACCGCAAGCAGGCCUUGAAGUGGCACCCAGAUAAGAACCCUAACAACAAAGAAGAGGCAGAGAAAAAAUUCAAACAAAUAUCUGAAGCGUACGAGGUACUUUCUGACGUUAAGAAGAGAUCCGUGUACGAUGGGGACUGCAAUGACGACUGGCGUGCUGGAGGAGGGGCCGGAGGAAAUUACAACAACUCUUUUGGAUCCGGAUAUACUUUUCGGAAUCCACAGGAUAUUUUUCAGGAGUUUUUUAAUGGAAUCGAUCCAUUUUCCUUCGAUUUCUGGGACAACCCCUUCAGUGCUGAUAGAGAUCGUGAUGGAAAUCGAGGCAGAACCAUGAGGGGACCUUUCUCAGCUGGUUUCGGAGAGUUUCCCACUUUCAUGGAAGCCUUUUCUACUUUGGACUCUCUGGGCCACGGCGGACGCACUACCUUCUCUUCCACGUCAUUUGGAGGUUCUGCUUCUGAUGAGUCUGUGUUCAAAUCAGUAAUGACAUCGACUGAAAUGAUUAAUGGCCGGAAGAUCACAACCAAGAGAACUGUUGAGAAUGGGGAGGACAGGAUCGAAGUGGAUGAGGAUGGCCAGUUGAAAUCGGUCAUCGUGAAUGGCAAGGAACAACUAAGGCCCAUGGAAAAGAAGUAACUUCCUGACCAUCCCUGCAACCAGCUGUGGUUAGAAAUUAGCAAUGGGACUCAUACCUUUCCUUAGUGGGCCUGGCCUAUUAAACACCACCACAAGUUCAUGACACAACCAA